AUGGGUACGGCUUCAACUAAACCAACAACGGCAAACAAUCAGCCUAAAGCUGCUGCUCCAGUUAUCCAUCAAACUAUAACAUCAACCCGUCGUGCAUCAAUCAAUAGUAACAGUGGUGAACGUAGACCAUCAGUUAUUAGUGGAGGGAGAGAACGGCGACCGUCUCUAACAAGAGAACCAUCGGAUCUCACACGUCCAACAGUAGCCAGCAGCAACAAAACUGUCGACAGUGAUCAUCGGCCUCGACGUGCCUCAGUUCAACCGCGCACUUCGACUGUAAUGGAAGAACCACCAGCAGUGAAAACUUCUACAAAGACGAAAGCGCCGUCAAGUAGCUGGAAUAUAUUCAGGAACAUUUGUGGAAAAGGCGGCACUGCGUAG